UUGACCUCUUUUUUCGUCCAUUCAAAUUCUUUCGGGACCCACGUAAUUACUAGCGUGAAUGUUUUCUCUUCGGGAGUAUCCAGUGCCUCACCUCCCUCGCCGAUCCCAUGGCGACCUCUAUGGUCAUAUCCCAUAAUUUAUCUCUUUCUUCCAUCAACCCUCGUCAUCCCAAAUAUCUUGUCAAGUCACCAGUAGUUGCUCUCAAUGGCGUUCGAAGCUCACAAAGGCAUUCCAUUUUGCAAAGCUCAGUCGUACCCAUUGGAGGUUCUGGAUUCAAUUCCAGCUUUUUGCGUACGCGUACUCAAGAGAAUUGCAGAAGUCGAGAACUUCUGACAAAAUCGGCGGAAACUGACAGUGGAAAAACUUCCACAAUUGGCCAAAAUGUGUUUGGGCUAUUGCAUUUGCUUGUCUCGUUGGGCCUUAUUCUUGCGAUGGACAAAUAUCUUAAGAAAGCCUUCCUGGCUGCUGCGAUUAAAUUCCCUAGCGCACUGUUUGGGAUGUUUUGUAUAUUUUCCGUUUUGAUAAUUCUUGAUUCCACUGUGCCAUCUGCAGCCACAGCCUUAAUGAACUUCUUCGAACCGGCGCUUUUGUUCAUUCAGAGAUGGCUCCCCUUAUUCUAUGUUCCAUCUUUGGUUAUCUUGCCCCUUUCUGUUAAAGAUAUUCCAGCUGCUUCGGGCAUCAAGAUUAGCCUUAUUGUAGUUGGGGGUUGGCUGGCUACACUAUUGGUUGCUGGUUUCACAGCUAUAGCAGUAAGAAAAGCUGUGAAGACAGAAAUGAUAGAUGCUGAGCCUAUGAAAAAACCCUCCCCAUUUUCUCCCCUUGAAGUGUGGGCUUGGACUGGGAUUCUCGUUGUAUCAUUUGUGUCUGCAUUAUUUUACCCCACUGCACUGGGUACAAGUGCCAGAACCUGUCUUCCUUUCUUACUUGCAUCCACAGUGUUGGGCUACAUGGUCGGUUCUGGGUUGCCAUCAGAUAUGAAGAAAGUAUUACAUCCAAUCAUUUGCUGUGCACUUUCAGCAGAUGUGACAGCUUUGGCUUUUGGAUAUGCUUCGAAGUUGGGGUUUGAGCCUGUUCUAGGAUAUUACCUUACGAAGGUAUCCUCUAACCCUGGAGCUGGUGACAUUUUAAUGGGAUUUUUGGGAUCUGUCAUUCUCUCUUUUGCCUUCUCUAUGUUCAAACAAAGAAAGCUUGUAAAAAGGCAUGCAGCUGAGAUCUUCACCUCCGUUAUAGUCGCAACUGUAUUCUCAUUGUACUCAACUGCUCUUGUCGGACGUCUCGUGGGAUUAGAGCAAUCUUUGACCGUUUCCAUUCUACCCAGAUGUAUAACUGUUGCAUUGGCCCUUAGCAUUGUGUCUUUAUUUGAAGGUACCAAUUCAUCUCUGACAGCAGCUGUGGUUGUAGUAACUGGUCUGGUUGGGGCAAAUUUUGUGCAAGCAACGCUUGAUAAAUUUCGUUUUCGCGAUCCAAUCGCUCGAGGAAUUGCAACUGCAUCGAGUGCUCAUGGACUUGGAACUGCAGCACUGUCUGCGAAGGAACCUGAGGCUCUGCCAUUUUGUGCCAUUGCUUAUGGUCUGAACGGUAUCUUUGGAUCUAUUCUUUGCUCCAUUCCUGUUGUUAGGCAAAGCUUGCUUGCUGUUGUUGGCUGAAUCUGAGGGCUCCAGCAUCUCCACUCUUGUAAACCGCCUGAGGCAUUGUCAGAGACGACAACACUAAUUUACAGAGCCAUCCUUUUCUAAGAACCUCGUUGCAUGUAAUAAGCCAUCCGUUCAUUUGUGUAAUAAACUGUGCAAACAGUUUCUUAUUUUGA